CCUUCUGCGUGCCUGGAUAUUUGAAUAUUAAUAAGAACCCUUUGAUUAUUCAAUCAUCUGGAAUCAAAUGACCUGGUUUAACGGUGACAACAUCCACUUCUCAAUCCCUCUUAAGUAGAAGACUUCCUGAGACUUCCCCCUAUCCCAACUCGUACAUCUACUGCCGAAGAACACCAUCGAUAUUGAGAUCCCUUUGUGCUCACAUACCUACCAUUCGACCCAUUCGACCCAAUCAACGAAGGAUUGAAUAAAAGACUUCUAAAGAAGACUAGCCGUUUCCCCGCACUCUUGAUUCCUUCACACGCCCACCAUGGCAUCGCCGAAUCGAAAGCCAUUCCAUGACCACGAUGAGUCUGGAUAUGCCAGUGCAUCGUCCAGCACCGCCAGUCUGCCGGACGUUUUCUUUGCUCAAUCACACCUGGACUUCGUCAAUAUACAGUUGAGCAAACUAGAGCCUGAAGAAAUCCUGAAAUGGGCAUUGAUCACAUUACCUUCCUUAUUCCAGACCACUGCCUUUGGUCUUACCGGUUUAGCAACCCUGGAUAUGCUCUCACACAUCACUGCUGAGCUCGAUAUCGCCGCCCCGCCACCACUCAUCUUCCUCGAUACCCUCCACCAUUUCCCGGAGACCCAAGCUCUUGUUUCUCGCGUGCAGGAGAGGUACUCCAAAGUUCCACUGCACGUCUACACACCCGAGAAUGCUACGACUGCGGAGAAUUUCGCUGCACGGUAUGGAGAUCGGUUAUGGGAGGUGGACGAUGAGCGAUACGAUUUCCUCGCCAAGGUCGAGCCGGCUCAACGCGCUUAUCGAGAACUCGGUGUUCGUGCUCUUCUCACGGGCCGUCGUCGAAGCCAAGGCGGCGCUCGCGGCACUCUCCCGGUGGUGGAAAUUUCCGACGAUGGCCUCAUCAAGAUCAACCCACUUGCCAACUGGAGUUUCGGCCAAGUGAAGAAAUAUAUCGAUGCGAACAAUGUCCCCUACAACGAGUUGCUCGACCGAGGUUACAAGAGUGUCGGCGACUGGCACUCGACAAGCCCGGUAGCCGAAGGCGAGGAUGAGCGAGCUGGCCGGUGGAAGGGGAGAGAUAAGACGGAGUGCGGCAUCCACAACAAGAAAAGCCGAUACGCACAGUUUUUGGAGGAACAGGAACGAAAAGAGCGAGAAAAGGUUCUGAUACACGCGCUGGAGGGCGUUACAGUAUCCAGCUCAUGAGCUGACCCUCCGGGACCGACAGAGAGGACCUGGAGAGGUGGAAUAGAAGGCGCAAGAAACAAACUCCCAUGGAUUACGAACUUUUUCAUGGCAUAGCGGUUGGGAUUCUCAUCAAUUUUGCAUGGCGUUGUGGAUGGUCGUCGAACCGGGACAGCAUUUAAGUCCCGGGUCAUACUGUGGCAUUAGCGGCCCUUAGAAAAAGGGGUUUGGAUUCGCUUUGCGUGGCCAACGCAGAAAUAGCAUAAUCAAUAGUAUUAUGAAUUCCAAAAA